AUGGCGUUUGUAUUUAAGGAAGCGAAAAAAGUUCUCGGCUUACAAUCUAUCUAUCUAUCUAUCUAUCUAUCUAUAUAUAUAUAUAUAUAUGUGUGGGGGGGUUACGCUAAGCGAAUUCUAUCUAUCUAUCUAUCUAUCUAUCUAUCUAUCUAUCUAUCUAUCUAUCUAUCUAUGUUUUCAUUUAUGGUUGUUUAUUUUUUUUUUUUGGAGGGGGGGAGGCAAUUUCUUUAUGUUUUUUUAUUCCUGCUUUUUAUUUAUUUGAUUACUUUUUCUCUUUCUCCUUUUUUAUUUCCUUUUUUUGUGGGGGGGGGCGUCCUUCUUUCAUUAGGUCUCGUUUAUGUUUUUCUUUCUUCAACGAUUGUCUUUCUUUUUCUUCGUUUUCUUACAGUUAAAUUCUUUCUAUCUAUCUAUCUAUCUAUCUAUCUAUCUAUCUAUCUAUCUAUCUACAGGAGAUCUAUCUAUCUAUCUAUCUAUCUAUCUAUCUAUCUAUGUACGUUACACAUAUUAUGCAUUCUUUCUUUCUUUUUUCCUUUCUUUUUUCCUUUCUUUCUUUCUUUCUUUCUUUCUUUCUUUCUUUCUUUCUUUCUUUCUUAA